UAUACAAGAGAAGAAGAAGGCGCUGAUAAAACAAGCAUUCUCGGGUACUAAGAGGACUGAAACGCCCCUCCAAAGGAAGGAAGCUCGUUUACAAGAGAUAAUUGAACUUUUCGGCAUCAGGAACCAGCAGGCACAGACCUAGCUAAAGUUUAUGAAAUUACUUAUCUCCGUCUUAUGCGUUUUGUUGGUAGCAUGCUUACGUACACGAAUAAUCAGGUCUCUCAAUGCCUAGCCACAACAUUGUCCUGACCUCGGUUACUGGUCGCAUAAAGCUCAGCCCUCCUCAUCCUUCAGAAGAUGAGGUAGCCGCCCAGCUACGCUCUCAUCCAGAGUUCCUGCGUUAUCUUCCCAUCUUCCCUCAGAGUGUUUCGGCUCAGGAAAUGCGCCGACGCCGGGAAACACGGUCAGAGAUUCCUAGUAUUAGGGACUUUCAUAUCCACGUUAGGGACGACAAAGGACAGUGGGAGUUCGGAGGAAUAGCUGGCUAUUUCAACUUGGAGGAGGCAAAUAAAUCGUGCGAAAUCGGGAUCGCGAUAUGUCCCGUGCUGUUUGGAACAGGCGUCGCAACGGAUGUACUCUACACUUUGUUGGUCUACGUCUUUGAAGAACAAGGCUUGCAUCGGGCAACGUUUCAAACGGCGUCAUUCAAUGUUACUAUGAGGGGAUGGCUAGAUAAAGUUGCAGACGUGAAGCUGGAGGAGGAAAAGAGAGAAUGCUGGAGGACAGAAAGGGGGGACUAUUGCGAUGUGGCCUGCUAUAGCAUCUUGGAAUGGGAAUGGAGGGAUAAAGUCAAAGGGAAACUUGAGCAUUCACGCGAGGAAUAUCUCCCAAUCCAUGAUUGUCAGGUCUAAGCAGUCGUAUUAAACAGGGAUGCGGUAUGAUCCGUUGCGUAUGUUGCGAUGUCCUCCAGCGUAAUAGUACAUUCAUGAAUAAUCUGAGAGAAAAUACAAUUAUGUACUAAUCUGUAUGGACUUCGAUGAGGUGACAGAUGCAGGAAAGUGGAAGGAAUCUCACCGCGGUAAGAUACGACUCUGCGACAAUCCGAGCCCUUGCAUUUAAGCUGAGCUUCAUAUCACUGAUUUCUCGGUCCACUUCUUUCAUAAACCUGGGGUGGAUUGAGCAGCUGAUGAGGGGUAACAAAUGUCUGAUGUACUCAAUGAUGAAGUCGACGAUCUUGUGCUUCAGCAUGGUCUCGGAAUGGGUGUUGGUGAUUAAGAAAGAGAUGUCGUAUCC